GCUUUAAUCGCAUGCUUAUAUCGAUGUCGGUUGGGCUUUAUCUGCCUCAGUAUCAUUUUCUUAAGAAUCAUAUCAUCCGCGUUAAGAGUGAACUUUUAUCAGAUCAUGGAAAGGCAGGCGGCGACACUACCAAUCUAGAUAUGAAGGGGGUGCGCGCUAGCGAGACGGCCUCCAACGCCGGAUCAGCUUAUUAUUCUUGCAACUAUCACAAGCCAUUUGCCACGUUAGGGGCCCUAUUCGUUUAGCUAUCAACUAGCAAGCCAGGUACCGGUUGAAGAGGUAAAUACAUCAAGAUGAUAUUUCGUUGCCGUGUCCCGCAAUGAUAUACUAGGGCAAUCCAUCCGCAAGGCUCUUAAAAUAGCCUUGGGCUACUUCAAGCACGACUCAAGCUAAGAUGAGCUCUUUAAAUAACGAGCUUUUGCCUACAUCAGAUGAGCUGCUCGAUAGGGCGAGGAAACUACUAAAGCUAAUUGAUUCCUGGGUCAAGUAUCGAAUAUAUACUCCACUAGAGGAACUUGUCGGUGGCAUUCAUCAUAUCCAUCAAAUGAGAGAUAUUCGUGCUCUCAUCGAUAUCAUACCUAAUUGUAGCGAUACCAGCUCGAGUUGGAAGGCCCAUUUUCUGAACAUGAUAAGGUCGCAAGGUAUCGGGAAGCAGCUAUGUUUCUUUACCGUGUGGCAAAGAAGAUUCCUUUGACCCGGAUAAUGCAGCUUGUGGUCAUCCAGUUGUCAGAGGAGGCAUACAGCAGCGACAACAGCUACGACAGGGCUUUAGGCGCCGUAUUACUCAAACGCAAAGAUUCAUGCCAAGAUUCAACUUCUUUAUUGCUACGAGCAGAGUAACUAUGUCUACUGGACCGUUACCUAGAGUUUUACGUUCCAGCACGGACACUUAUUGGCUCCUUGAUGAUUUCAUGCUUAGAUAGUAUUAGUUAAGUAGGGAUAAGAAAGUUCACACGCCAAGAUGCCAUGAGAAAUUGGAACCCC